AGCUAGGUUAACGUUAACAUAGCAGCAGCAGCAGCAGCAGCAGCAAUGGAAAAAGGGCCGCUGGGCACUUUUCUGUUUUAAUGUCAGAUUUAAUGGUACAACAUUACAAGUUACACCGACGACUUAAAAGACCACAAUCAUGACGGAUUCCAAAUAUUUCACAACAAACAAAAAAGGGGAGAUCUUUGAGCUGAAGGCAGAACUGAACAAUGAGAAGAAGGAGAAGAGAAAAGAGGCCGUAAAGAAGGUCAUUGCUGCCAUGACUGUUGGCAAAGAUGUCAGUUCUUUGUUCCCAGAUGUGGUCAACUGCAUGCAGACUGACAACCUGGAGCUGAAGAAGUUGGUGUAUCUCUACUUAAUGAACUACGCCAAGAGCCAGCCUGACAUGGCCAUCAUGGCCGUCAACAGCUUUGUCAAGGACUGUGAGGACCCCAACCCUCUGAUCCGGGCUCUGGCCGUCCGCACCAUGGGCUGCAUCCGAGUGGACAAGAUCACUGAGUACCUAUGUGAGCCGCUGAGGAAAUGCUUGAAGGAUGAGGACCCAUACGUGAGGAAGACGGCCGCUGUGUGUGUGGCUAAACUUCAUGACAUCAAUGCCCAGAUGGUGGAGGAUCAGGGAUUCCUGGACUCCCUGAGAGACCUCAUUGCUGACUCAAAUCCCAUGGUCGUGGCCAAUGCAGUUGCUGCUUUGUCUGAGAUCAGCGAGUCUCACCCCAACAGCAACCUGCUGGACCUCAAUCCCCAGAACAUCAACAAGCUGUUGACGGCCCUCAAUGAGUGCACAGAGUGGGGACAGAUCUUCAUCCUGGACUGCUUGUCCAACUACAACCCCAAAGAUGAGCGUGAGGCCCAAAGCAUCUGUGAGCGUGUCACUCCCCGUCUGUCUCACGCCAACUCCGCAGUGGUUCUGUCAGCUGUCAAGGUACUGAUGAAGUUCUUGGAGCUGCUGCCCAAGGACUCUGACUACUACAACACCUUGCUGAAGAAGUUAUCCCCACCGCUGGUCACCUUGCUCUCCGGAGAGCCUGAGGUCCAGUACGUGGCUCUGAGGAACAUUAACCUCAUCGUCCAGAAAAGGCCCGAGAUCCUGAAGCAGGAGAUCAAGGUGUUCUUUGUCAAGUACAACGACCCUAUCUAUGUGAAACUGGAGAAAUUGGACAUCAUGAUCCGCUUGGCCUCUCAGGCCAACAUCGCUCAGGUGCUGGCUGAACUCAAGGAAUACGCCACAGAGGUGGAUGUUGAUUUUGUGCGCAAGGCUGUACGAGCCAUCGGACGCUGUGCCAUCAAAGUGGAGCAAUCAGCUGAGCGCUGUGUCAGCACCCUGCUGGACCUGAUCCAGACCAAGGUCAACUAUGUGGUUCAGGAGGCUAUUGUGGUCAUCAGGGACAUCUUCCGCAAGUACCCCAACAAGUAUGAAAGCAUCAUCGCCACACUUUGUGAGAAUCUGGACUCUCUGGACGAGCCUGAUGCGCGUGCCGCCAUGAUCUGGAUUGUUGGCGAGUAUGCUGAGAGGAUCGACAAUGCUGAUGAGUUGCUGGAAAGCUUCCUCGAGGGCUUCCAUGAUGAAAGCACUCAGGUCCAGCUCACUCUGCUGACUGCCAUCGUCAAGCUGUUCCUUAAGAAGCCAUCAGAGACUCAGGAGUUGGUGCAGCAGGUCCUCAGCCUGGCCACUCAGGACUCUGACAACCCUGACCUGCGUGACAGGGGCUACAUCUAUUGGCGCCUGCUGUCCACUGACCCAGUGACCGCCAAGGAGGUGGUGUUGUCAGAAAAGCCACUGAUCUCAGAGGAGACAGAUCUGAUUGAGCCCACUCUGCUGGAUGAGCUCAUUUGCCACAUCGGCUCCCUGGCCUCUGUCUAUCACAAACCCCCCAGCGCCUUUGUGGAGGGCAGCCAUGGAAUCCACCGGAAACACCUUCCUGUCCAGCACAGCAGCAUUGAUACUGGUGAGAGCCCAGUGAGCGGUGGGCCAGCAGCCGCCAUAGAUCAGCCACAUGUCAUCCCAAGCCAGGGAGACCUUCUGGGUGACCUGCUCAACCUGGACCUGGGCCCUCCUGUCAAUGUGCCCCAGGUCUCCUCCAUGCAGAUGGGUGCAGUGGACCUUCUGGGAGGGGGCCUGGACAGCUUGCUGGGGGGAGACCUGGGCGGAGGUGUUGGGGGAAGUCCAGCAGUUGGACAGAAUUUCAUCCCUUCAUCUGUCCCCAGUACUUUCGCUCCGUCACCAACACCUGCACCUCCAGCUGUCAGCAGUGGCCUCAACGACUUGUUUGAGCUUUCCACAGGCAUGGCCAUCACCACUGGAGGCUACGUAGCUCCAAAAGCAGUGUGGCUGCCUGCAGUGAAAGCCAAGGGACUGGAGAUCUCUGGAACCUUCUCUCGCCGCCAGGGCCACAUGUACAUGGACAUGAGCUUCACCAAUAAGGCCCUGCAGCACAUGACCGACUUCGCUAUCCAGUUCAACAAGAACAGUUUUGGGAUGAUCCCCACCAGUCCUCUACCCAUUCACACUCCACUGAUGCCCAGCCAGAGUAUCGAGGUCUCUUUGCCAAUCAACACCAUCGGGCCGGUGAUGAAGAUGGACCCACUCAAUAAUCUACAGGUUGCCGUGAAGAACAGCAUUGAUGUUUUCUACUUCAGCGUACUCAUCCCUCUCAACAUAUUCUUCGUCGAGGAUGGAAAAAUGGAGCGACAGGUGUUCCUGGCUACCUGGAAAGACAUCCCCAAUGAAAAUGAGCUUCAGUACCAGAUAAAGGAGUGCCACCUAAAUGCAGACACAGUAUCAGGGAAGCUGCAGAACAACAACAUCUACACCAUUGCAAAGAGAAACGUAGAAGGCCAGGACAUGCUCUACCAGUCCCUCAAGCUAACCAAUGGCAUCUGGAUCUUGGCCGAGCUCCGCAUUCAGCCUGGCAACCCCAACUAUACGCUGUCUCUCAAGUGUCGGGCCCCUGAGGUCUCUCAGUACGUCUACCAGAUGUACGACUCUGUGCUGAAGAACUGACCUGCUGUACCACUUAGCAACUCUGCUUCAUCCUGACAACAAACAGCAGUGUUUUAUCAUUUUCUUUCAUCUGCAGAAAACUGCCAAAACAAAGGAAUCCAAACAGUAAAUGAGGGAUACUAAAUAAUCUGGAGUAACAGAUUUAUUGCUCUUCCAGAGAUCAAUAAGGCAAAUGUUAAAACAAAAGUGUUGGGGGUGAUCAUCAUACUGUAGCUUUGUCGAAUACUGUACUGAAAACAAAAAAGCCCUGGCCUUUGUGUAAAAUGGUUUGGUGAACAUCAUAAAAAAAGCUACAAACCAUCAGAAUACCAAGGUAAACACACUGUUGAUGUUUCCUUUAUUUUGUCAGUUCAAAGCAUUAUUGAAUCUUCUUAUUCAACUCCCCAUUUUGAUUUUUACCUCCCAGUGAAAACGUGUCUACCAUUCCAUCCUUAACUUAGUGUCUUAAUGUUGUGAAGAUGUGACUGAUGGUAAAAACUGUCCUGAAUGGGGAAAAAAAUAUCUCCCCAGUGUCUGUGAAGCCAUUGCUUUUUAUUUUGUACUGUGCGCAGCUCACACCUCUUUCGAGUUUGAUUUAUUUUUGAUACUGGCUUUGCUUCACUUGUACCUACAGGAUAAUACAGUAUUGAUUUGUUCCUUUGAUCCUUUUGCCACUAAUCUGUGUAAAGAGAGUUGAAACCUAUGUGUUUGUCAGAAGCUGCCAGUGCCAGUUCUAUAGCAGGUUUGCCUCCCGGAGGUCAUUGCCUACAAUGACUUAAGUGACAAAGAUAAUGCAGCCUCAACAGCAUAUGUUUUGCUGUAAUGACUUUAACACAGCUUCUUGUAUUUAAUGUGACAAAUACUAAAGUUUCUGUCUAAAGGCUGCACAAAUCUGAAGUGAAAUUCUAAAAAAGUUGGAAAAGGAAAAUGCUAAUCAGAGGUUACAUAUAGCAUUAGUAACUCUAAUGUUACUACUAAAAUAUGGCAUUUCAUUACUGCUUCUAACCUGUGAUUUAUGUUACACUCAUGAAUGUAUUCAUCUAUGCACACCGUGAUAUUUUUGUCUGCUGCCAUUUUUGAUCUUUAUUUUGUCUACCUGGUGCAGUGGAGGCGUGUAAUGUUGGAUGGCAGCAGUGCGUAGGGUUUACACUACAGGCGACAAAACACAAAGAUCUCUUUCUUUAUUUCCUUUCCUUUAUUAUUCUCUAUCUUUAUUGGCACUCCACCCCUUUCACCUCAGCUAAGUGUAAACGUCUUAUUUCCUUUUAGGUGUUUUUAAUGGCCAAAUUCCAAAAGCACAUAAAAACAGAAUCCUUAAUUAAAAAGCAAAGAAAACCUGGACCUGUUUUGUUUUGGCAAGAGCAAAUUUUUAUGUAACUAUAAAGUAAUGUUGAAAAUAUUUAAUACAUCCAGUGCAGUUAGUUGUCAACAAGCUGUGUAGGUGGACGGGACGCAAACGGUUAGUAGAACAGGCAGCUAAGAAGCUUCUGACUGGCAAGUAGCGUACAUUUGUGGGCUUAAAAUUGUUGGUCAAUAUUGCCAGGUUGCCAUUAUUUUCAACUUGAAAGCCUUCACUCAUUAGUUUUGGAACCACUACACAAACUACAGUUUAUAGCAGCUAUUGAUUAUGUGUUCACACACCAAUGCCACUCCGUUUUUAGUAUGAUAUUUUCAAAUGACUAUUUCACAUGUAAUUCUUUUUGUAAUAGCCCCAUUUAUUGCAACCACAUAGUUGUACCUGGCUUUAUACACCUAUAUUGUCAUUUCCUAUUUAUUGUGCAUCUACCUCUGCGUGUUUCCUUUUAACUGGCUUUAUUGUUGCAGUAGUUUCCAUUCUGUAAUACGUAUGCUGUAAUAAGUUUUCCUUUUCUUUUGAUGCAAAUGUUUUUGUAAUCUUAAUGCCAUUAUUGUGGAGCCAGUCUAAACCUGUGGCACCUCUGCCAAACCAAACUCACAGGACCAAGCAUUCAAGCAAAUGUCUCUGGUUAAAUGCCAAUUUUAUGUUUUUAAUACGCUAGUGUCAAUAUAACCCUCUAGUGUUGGCGUUGUGUGUGCUAUAGAGCAAUGGAGUGCAUAUGCCCUAAGGCCCAGAGUUGCCCUAGUCCAGUGUAGUCCAGUGAUGAUGUAGUUUGUGUAGGUAAUGAAUUAAAAAUUUUGGUAUUACCCUGAUAAUGAAAUUAAGCCUUGCUUCUAUCUAUUCAACAGAAAAGGCUUUUUCAGCAUAUAAGUUGUGUUGGUCACACUAUUUUCAUACUUAAUGUAAAAAUACAUUUAUGUGCCUGCAUGAGCCCACUGUCCAUUUUAUCCUUUCUCAUUUAGACUGUGGAUUUACGCCCUUUAAAAAAUUAUAUUCUCUCAAUUCAUGUCUCUAUUGCAGGUCUCAUAUUUUUAAGCAGCGUUGUCUUAAGCACUCCCACAAACAUAUACAACGUAUAUCCAUAAUUGUUGCCAGCAAUACAGAAUGUAUGGAGAGAGCUAUCGUUGCAUCUUAUGAAAUUGAAUUUCUAGCAUCUGUUGCUGUAACCCUAUUGUAAAUGAUUUAUUAUUGCAAACCUGUCACAGUACCACAUCUUAUGUCAAUAAAAUAUCAAACUCA